UCUCCGUCAAGAAUUUCUGUACAAUACAGAAUUUUACACCGAAAACAUUGACUGCUGGAGCAUGACUGACAUUACCUGAAAGGAUAGAUGUCGUCGUGAUUUUCCUGUCAGGAGAAUCGAUCGCGGUACUAUUUGUGCGUGUACUACAUCAACCAACAUCGCCCCUAAUGAAAGCGAGACAGUGUAAACACAACUCCAGGAACAUGAAAAGAUCGGGUGACAGUGAGGGGGAGAAGAGAAGAAAGAGGCGGAGGUUACUGCAGGAGUUGGGGGACCAGAAGAUCCCCUUUCUGGGACCUUCAGACCGGGGCUAUCAGCAACUGUGGGACUCCAGCUACACUGGCCUGGCUCUGAGGAGAUCCUGCUCGCUGCCUGCUGAGCUCCAUGGCCGAGUGCAGGCAGCCCUGCUCACUCUGAGAAGAAAGGGCUGCCUCCUGAAGGAUUUGGUUCGUGUCCGUGACAGAGAUGUAUUCACCGCCGUGUCGCGGGCUCUGCUGGGUGAACCGGGCCACACCUAUCGCUAUCUGGACACGCGACUCUUUGCUAUCCCUUGGCACAGCGAGGACAGCGAGGUUAAAGGACAAAACUGUUGUGACCCUGACCUGAGGGCUGCUUGCAAGGCAUUGUGGGAGCUUAACACCUUCUUCUGCUCUGAUGUCUGUCAGCUGAAGGAGGGAGACAGGCUAACACAGUGUGUGAAGACGGGGGAGGUAGAGGCCAAACAGAGUGAAGAAGGGGACACAGAGUCGAAACACAGUGAAGACUCCAAGAAUAGUGAAGGAGGGGACUCAGAGUCCAGGCAAAGUGAGGAGGGGGACACAGAGUCCAAGCACAGCGAGGAGUGGGACAUUGAGUCGAAACACAGUGAAGAAGGAUGCUCUGGGUCAAAACAAGAAGGGGAGUGGGAGACUGAGUCCAAACACAGCAGUGAGGAGGGAGAGACCUCCCAGGUAAAGCCGGCUGAAGCGGCUGUAGCAGCAGGGUCGGAACAAAGUGAAGGAAAAUGCCCCGCUGGGACACCCAAAGGUGUCAGUGGCACACAGACUGAACCUGUGGGACUAAAGGCCCAGGAGAAACCUGUGGCCCAACUCAAGUACAGCCUGUCAGAUUACCAUAUUGAGGAAAAGGGGGAACAGGCCAGUGGGCAGGGCUGUUCCCAGCCCAGUCCGCAGCAGGUAUGCAAUGAUUCGGUCAAAUUCAAUGUCACCUUACUCAACUACAUGGACCCAGCAGCUAUGAGCCAGCUCAAAGAAGAGCCAUACUAUGGCAUGGGGAAAAUGGCGGUAGGGUGGCACCAUGAUGAGAACCUGAUCAGUCAUUCGCCAGUGGCUGUUUACAGCUAUAGCUGUCACGAUGACAAAGGUGAGAGCAGUGAGGGAAGCAGCAGUGAGAAGGCAUGCUGGAGGAUUGGGCUGAAGGUAGCCUGGGACAUUCACACACCUGGCCUGAUGCUGCCACUGGAGUCUGGAGACUGCUAUUACAUGAGAGAUGAUCUGAACAGUACCCACCAGCACUGUGUCCUAGCUGGAGACACCGCACGCUUCAGCUCCACUCACAGAGUGGCCGAGUGUUCCAGUGGGACCCUGACCUACAUCCAGUCACGGUGCCAAGAGGCCCUGUCCAACCUGCACACUGACCCAGAGACAGGCUCCCACAGCCUGCUGGCCCUGCGGCCAACCACGCUACAGAACUGUGAGGAGAUUCACAAUGAGGUGGAGUUCGAGUGGCUGCGACAGUACUGGUUUCAGGGCCAGCGAUACGCCCGCUUCUGCAGCUGGUGGACCAGACCGAUGGAGCAGCUGGAAAAGGACUGGAGGCUCAUGGAGACCAUGACUAUGCUGUUCCUGGCUACAGUGGAGGAGGAGGGCCAAGCGGGGGAGGGCAGGAGGGAGAUGGCAGAGACCCUGCUAUCUGCCUUGACAGACAGACACCAGCAAAGACAGACAUGGAGAGACAGGUGCCAUUCGAGUCUGGCCCAGACAUUACCCCCUGAGGAGGCCCCUGUCGACCGGCCCUUCUGGGGUGUGGAUGACCCCAGCAUGCCACUGCCCUUUGAUCUGGCUGACAUCAUCAACAGAGUGGAGUCACUGCUAUGGAGGAUGUGAAGGAUGGAUAGAGGGAGUAUGAAAGAAAAACAAGGGAAAAAAAAACCCCACCAGCUUUUCUGAAUGGCCCCACAUCAGGUGAUGAGGACAGACCAUCGAAGACAGCUCCAUUUUGAUCACACCAAGAUUGAUUUCCUUUUGAUUGGGGCAUCUACAUUCCCCCCCUACUCCACCCUUCACCAACCCAGAUGAUCCCCGGCAUCUCAGCCACCCCAUCUUGGAUUUGGCUGGAAGGAAAAACCAGACCACCACAAUAGCAAGAAUAGUGCUUCAGUAACAUGCUAACAACGCAAGCUUAGCACCAAGCUACUAGUGUCACAACGGUCUAACAAAACAUAAGUGGAACCUGCAUUUCAGUGUUAGCAUACAUUGUGUAACUAUUUAUUAUUUCAGUGUACUCUGUUACUUAAUCUCAUGUAACCCAGACAUGCUUUUAUCAAUGGAUUGACUCAUUCUCAGUAGUCACAGUACAGUACAUACAUAUAUGCUUUCUACUUGUCACAGUGUUAUAGUACAGUGUAGAAUGGUUAGAAAAACUCACUUUGCUCUCAUGAUAUUGCAUUCUUCACUUGUGUAUAGUGUAAUCCCUUUUAUUGUGUUCAGAAGUGGAAUGAGCCUAAAGAGACCAAAGAAAGAUAAUGAUAAGAAAGUUAUGAAUGUCACCCAACGGAGAACAUGAAGAAUAUGUCGUUCAGUGUUUACGGUGUGAUGGUGUGCUUGUGCCAUAUUGAUGUGUGACAGCGUGUAUGUGUGUGUUCGUAUGCGUACAUUUAGCCAUGUGAAUAUACGUGUGAUCAGUCGUUGGCCUGUGUGUUUGUGCAUGUUCGCUCUCCCACGUGUCUACAUGAAGGUGCGUGUGUAUGAAUGUGAUAGUGUGUGUGAGCCUGUAGGCAGCCUGCCAGUUGUUUGUUCUUGAAGAUGUGCAUAUGGAGAAACAGAGACUAGCAGCGGGGCCCCUCUGCCUCUGCUCUGAUGAAAGGCAGCUCUGAUAGAAUGACCCGGAACACAACCGCCGUUUCUCAUAAACAGCUGUUCAAUCGCUUUUAAUUACUCUUAAAGUGUGUAGAGCACCACAUUCCCCUGUAAUGCUGCGGGCCAUCCGAGAGAGCGAGAGAAAGAUCCGGCGCUUCUGACAAAAUCCACUUUCAAAAAAGCUAAAAAGGGUGGAAAAGGGGGCCGACGUCAAAGCAGUGUAGCAGCCCUCCUCGUUUGAUUUAUUUCUCUAUCUAGUUCAUGAUGAAGUAGAGACGCUGUUUACUAUUAAAAAUGCAGAAUGCACUCCUUUUUUUACUUCUGAAGUUUUUUCCAAGAUGUUAAUGGUUGCCAAAAGCUGUUCUUCUUGCUUCUUCUUUUGCCGCGCCUCUGUUGUUUGUUGUUGUCAGAGAGAUUUGUUUGUAGAUCGGCAGUAGCAUUGACUUGUUUGAAUCACUCUGUGCUCCCUGCACCACAGCUUGUCUGUCUGAAGCAAUAGGAAUGGCAGUAAAUAAAAAACAGUGUUUUAUCCAA